CAAAGAGUGCGCUGGCUCUCUCUCUUCCUGUGUUACCGCCCUUGGGCUGCGUGAGAAAUCAGGCACUGAGCUGAAGACAUUGGACAGACACACUGGCGUUAUUUGGAAGAUCCUAAGCGAGUCUCAGGUAGCUUCUCCUCAGUCUGGAGCAGUGAGCCCAAGAGGAAACUGUGGCUGUGGUCUGCUGUCCCGAGUUGCUUAGCGAACUAUAGCCGGCACCAUGGCGUUGUCGUACAAGAAAGACCUAGACAAGUACAAGGAUCUCGACGAAGAUGAAAUCCUCAACAAGCUGUCGGCGGAGGAGCUCAAACAGCUGGAGACGGCCCUCGAGGAAAUGGACCCCGAGAACGCUCUUCUCCCAGCGGGCUUACGUCAGAAGGACCAGACGACUAAGAAAGCAACAGGAUCAUUCAACAGAGAUGGCCUCCUCAAAUAUCUGGAGAAGGAGGCCAUGGAGUACAAGGACAGAGAGGACGUCGUGCCCUUCACCGGAGAGAAAAAAGGUAAAGCGUUUGUUCCAAAGCAGAAACCAAUAGAAACACGCAAGGAGGAAGUCACAACCCUCGAUCCAGAGUUAGAGGAAGCCCUAUCCAGCGCCACAGACACAGAACUGUGUGAUCUAGCAGCAAUCCUGGGUGUUCACACGCUGGUCACCAGUAGUCAGACGUAUGAUGGAAGUAAAGGGGGUUACAACAAUGUGAUCAAAGGGGAGAAGAUGAACCCAGUGUUUGAUGAGCCUCCCAAUCCCACUAACGUAGAAGAAACUCUGCAGAGGAUAAAAAGCGACGACGGCUCCUUAACGGAGGUCAACCUCAACAACAUUAAGAACAUUCCAAUUCCCACGCUGAAGGAACUCGCCAAAGCCAUGGAGAAGAACACGCACGUCAAGAAGUUCAGCCUGGCAGCAACACGGAGUAACGACCCGAUUGCUGUGGCGUUCAGCGACAUGCUGCGGGCGAACAAGACGUUGCGAAGUUUGAACCUGGAGUCCAACUUCAUCACCGGGGCAGGGGUGCAGGCUCUGGUGGACGCGUUGCGAGACAAUGAUACACUCACAGAGAUCAAGAUAGACAACCAGAGGCAGCAGCUCGGUACUACCGUAGAGAUGGAGAUCGCUAAAAUGUUGGAAGAGAACAACACCAUAGUGAAGUUCGGCUACCACUUCACCCAGCAAGGACCUCGCUCCAGAGCUGCUGCAGCUAUCACCAAGAACAAUGACCUGGUCCGCAGGAAGCGAGUGGAAGGGGACCUGUAAGGAAGGAGCCCGCCCCAUCUCCGAGCCAAUCCUGUUGUUUCAUCUCACCGUGUGGAAUAAUUUCAGCCAAUGCCCUGGUCUCAUCUCACUGUGUGGAAACUUUAGUCUUGUGCCAAACUGUGGGGCAAGGCACGCUCAACCAGAACAUACAUCUGAGAAGAAGGGAAAUAACUGGAAUUGCCCUCUCCCAUACACAUGUUCAUACUUAUGUUUAUUAUUAUGUUAUUGAAGGUGUAAAUCUGAUUAGUUUUUAGUCAUUUAAUUUCAGCUGCUCCUUUCCCCCCCCUUUUUUGAGCCUUUAUAUGACCUGUCCAGAUUUUUUAUUUGCUUCUUUUCCUUUUAUACUCUGCUCUAAUCAUGUGAAUUAAACAUGAACAUUACCAAGUAACAGAAACAAUGAUAGCAGCUUUGUUAAAACAAUAACUAACCUAGAGUAACCCCCUGUAUCCUCUUCUAUGAUCGCUUGCUGUUGAGGCCUAAGCUUCCAGUGGAAUUCCUGUAUUGAACCAGCAGAAUGAUGGAGACAGCGCACAGAUACAGCUUUAGAUAACACAAGUUAUCAAACGGUAAUGCAAGUUAUCGUGGAAUAACCCGCUAACUCUUCCUUCUAAUGUCGCCGAUCGGAUCACUGUUGUACAUUUCCAUCCGCAUGGUGGUUUGCAGGUGUUGUGUAUUGGAGUUGCCUUGUAAAAGCCGGCGUUACGUCCGUCUGGUGUGUGUUUAACGGUUAAAUGUGUGCUGACCUCAAGCUGUAGUCAGUCUUAGAAUAGAUGCUGGCUCUCGCCCCUUAUAUGUAAAUUUAAUGCUGUAAGUAUCGAUGCACAAUAUUUUAUAAUUACUGUUUUAGUCUAAAGACGGUUCAAAUUCUAAUGUUCUGAUCACUUUCAUCCCUUAACAGGAAAUUAUAAUUCGGUUUCAAGUAAAAAUGCAGUACUGUACUGUAAAAGGAACAGGAUAUUAACCCCCAUCUAGACUGAAGAUGCUUUGAUCUGCUCUUACAAAUGAUGUUGUAAAUGUAAAUGCUCAGCACACCGGGUUUCUCUGAUGCUUAACCAUGCCAAAGACUAACACAUGCAGUGCUUAAAAAUAUCAAUAUCGAACUCAAUGCUUAUUGGUUCAGGUAUUUGCUUUGGCAGCUUCCUCUCAGUACAGAUCUGGGAAAGGAGUAUGAGGGUUAACAACAAUGAUCUAGACAUUUUCUUGGAUCAUGCCAUUCCAUUUUUUUUCUUUUUUUUUCCCCAUUUAUAACAAAAUGUUCAGUUGUUUGGUGAGAUGUGAGGGAGAGUUUGGCGAGUGUGAAACAUCUCAGGUUGCGAAAUGUUUCUUAUGAACUACAUCUCCCAGAUAGAAAGUCUUGUACACAUAGCAAAAACUUCUUUCACUCCCUCACACAAACACUUUCAGCUCUCAGCAGUAGCACGUCAUUCGUUAUGUAACAUUAUGUGACAACAUGCUGUGUGUGCCUCAAAACUGAACUUCCAUAGGUACACUAACCUGCUUGAGAUCGGUGUAACAGGACUAAUUCAGAAGCUACUUGAAACUUGUAUAUACUGUUUAUGUGUAAUAGGAACAAUAUACUGGCAUGAAGUCUUCACUUGUGAACAUCAUGUUUCUGUCGACCAAAAACGCUCUUUCAUCUUAACAGCCUCACAUUCCUUGAACAAAAAAAGCUGUAUGGAGUUCACCUCUUUUGGGUUUUUAUAUCUGUGCACUUCUGCCAUGAUCAUGUCUGCUUGUGUUUCUUCUUGGACCUUUUUUUUGUUUUUUUUUUUGUUUUUACAGCUAAAGUGGAAAAAUGCUUCUUUGCUUGGGCUUGUUAAGAAUAUUCUGUGAUUCAUAAUACUGUAUGUAUAUUAAUUGUAAAACGCCAUCUCAAAUUCAAAGUGCACACACACACAAACACACACUUUUAUGUGUGUAUCACAUCUGCACAACUCAUUGCUGAGAUUUUUUUUUUUUUGUACCUUUAAAUCUAAACCCAGGUGUAUACUCGACAUAAGAAAUAUGUACUAUUAUAAAACCACAAAACUGGUAAAACGCACUGCUGAAUAUAAAACAUCCUCAACAAUAAAUGUUUUUACAUACCCGG